UCGGCGUUUUAAGGUUUUUAGUUCUCACAUCAAAACCAAGAGGAGAAAAUGCCGGCAGGACAUGGAGUUCGCGCUAGGACAAGAGAUCUGUUCGCCAGAGGGUUCAGGAAGAAGGGUACAAUCCCAUUGUCCACUUACCUCAGGAUCUUCAAGGUCGGAGAUUACGUUGAUGUGAAAGUGAACGGUGCGAUCCACAAGGGUAUGCCCCACAAGUUCUACCAUGGUCGUACCGGUCGUGUCUGGAACGUUACCAAACGUGCUGUUGGUGUCGAAGUCAACAAACAGAUUGGUAACAGAAUCAUCAGGAAGAGGCUUCAUGUGCGUGUGGAGCAUGUGCAGCAGUCAAGGUGCGCAGAGGAGUUCAAGCUGAGGAAGAAGAAGAACGAUGAGCUCAAGGCUGCAGCCAAAGCCAAAGGUGAGACAAUAAGCACCAAGAGGCAGCCUAAAGGACCUAAACCAGGAUUCAUGGUUGAAGGUAUGACCUUGGAGACAGUCACUCCCAUCCCUUACGAUGUCGUCAACGAUCUCAAGGGAGGCUAUUAGUUUUCCUCUUUUUACCACCAGUGUUUUGCUCAGACUUUUUGGCAGUUUCGUUUGCGAAUUUGAGUGUUCUUCAUGCGUUUUAGCUACAAUUACACUGUCUUUGAUAUGCAUUCCAGACACAAAGAAGCAGGAUUUUGUCUCGAUUAUAAACUUUCAUUUUCUCAAUCUGUCUUCUGUUACCAGUUCGAAGUUCUAUCCUUGACUAUAUCUAUUUAGUUGUUUGUAUGAGUAAUAGCGCACACCUUUACAACUAGAUGUUAAGCAUCUCCUCACAAAAUUGUUACGGUUGUUGUCCCAUCCUUUUGUUACAUUGAUCCACUAUUCCUUACAUUUAUGUGUUAACA